ACUGUUGUGCAUGAAUCAGCGAGUCUAUUCUCAUUGAGUUAAUGUCCCCAAAGGCUAUUAGCUGAACACUGCUGAAAUAACGCAUGACCACACAUGCACACACUCUCUCUCUCUGCUCCUAAAAGCCCACUCAAGCUGCCUUCGCUCCUUCAUUCAUAAAACUUGCAGAAGCUGUCUGAGUAGCUUCUUGUCAUUUUUUUCUGUCUCCUCCACCCACCUCUCUCUCUCUCUCUCUCUCUCUCUCUCUGUGCUGCUGAGUUCCCCUCCCAUUCGAAGCCUGUAGCAGCUUCUGUCCAGGAGUCAUGAGAACCCGGGCUGUAGCUCUCUGGCCUCUUUCGCCCUGCUGCUGAUGGAGAUGUCUCCUCAUGGAUUGACAGAGCCCACGAAACUCCGAGGCAACAGACAGUCCAGGAGUCAGCCCUGCCCUGUCCCUGUGGCUGUCAGGCCCUUGCAUGGUUGUACACCGCUGUUGCCUGUCAUCUCUUGUGUGUGUGUGUGUGUGUGUGUGUUGUCGGACCAUGAACCCUGUUUCGAUCAGUGCAGAGGGUCUGCAUUCUGGACUGUACAAGUCUCCUCGAGAAUUCAGCAGAAGUUUUUGCUUUUAAUCUGAGCCAGAGGGACCGAUCAGUUCACCUGACUCGGGAGGGGAGGGGGGAGGUGUGCAGCGAGCGACAGAUUUUAAACAUAUUGCAAGAAAUAUUCCUUUCCCCGACACCCACCAUUGCCCCAACCACAUGCGAAAGCAAGCGUACUCCAGCCCUCGCAGGCCGUCGUGUGUUUGAGCCGUUUGCGAGCUGGCUGGUUCUAUUCGUAGGGGAGUUAACAGCAGAUCCGAAAGGGGGCUGGGUUCAGACCCAGGAGGAGGCCGGAGCAUGAGAGAAGGUUUGCCCUCCCUGGGUGAGUACAGCCAUGGAUUUACUGCAUAGGAAUAAAUACAGUCACUUACACAACGACAGCGCGUCUGAGGCCGUCCAUGGGGAGGCGCUGGUCCCUCCUUCCUCCUCCUCCUCCUCCCUGGCUCCUAUACUGCCCCAUGAUGGGGGGGAGCUGUCCUCAGGGGCGGAGGACAGCCCCACCACCCUGUGCUCCUUCUUCCCGAGGAUGGGUAACCUGAAACUCGCGAACCCGGCGAGCCUGCUGCAGUCGAAGGGGUUCCCCGGGGAAGCGACGACGGUGCCAGCCCCGGGCAGCGUGAGGCCUGGUGACUCAGGAGCUGUGCCCAUCUUCUCUCCCUCUCGGCAGGACAUGAACAGGCUGGGCUGCGGAGGAGGAGGAGGUGGAGGAGGAGGUAAGAAGACACGGGUGGAGGGCGGCCAGCUGGGAGGAGAUGAGUGGACCCGGCACGGUAGCUUUGUGAACAAACCCAGCCGUGGCUGGCUUCACCCAGACGACAAGGUGAUGGGGCCUGGCGUCUCCUACCUCAUACGGUACAUGGGUUGCGUUGAGGUUCUUCAGUCGAUGCGAGUGCUCGAUUUCAACACCAGGACACAGGUCACCAGGGAAGCGAUAAGCGUGGUGUGUGAAGCCGUGCCCGGAGCGAAAGGCGUGUUCAGGAGGAGGAAGCCCUGCAGCCGAUCCCUCAACACCAUCCUGGGGAAGAGUAACUUACAGUUCGCGGGAAUCGUCAUCACCCUCACCAUCUCCACCACCAGCCUCAACCUCAUGGCAUCGGACUGCAAACAGAUCAUUGCCAAUCACCACAUGCAGUCCAUAUCCUUCGCCUCAGGAGGCGAUCCGGACACCGCAGAAUAUGUCGCCUACGUUGCCAAAGAUCCAGUAAAUCAAAGAGCGUGCCACAUAUUGGAGUGCUCCGAUGCGAUGGCCCAGGAUGUCAUCAGCACCAUUGGACAGGCCUUUGAGCUGCGGUUCAAACAGUACUUGAAGAACCCUCCCAAAUUGGUCACGCCCCAUGACAGGAUGGCAGGAUUCGACAGCUCAGCGUGGGACGAGGAAGAGGAAGAUCCCACGGAUCAUCAGUACUACAACGAUUUCCCAGGCAAGGAGCCGCCACUGGGCGGCUUGGUGGAUGUCCGGCACCGGGAGGGGUCAGGGGUCGCGGCCCCCCGGGUACCCACCCUCCCGCCUCAUCACCACGGAGCCACCCUGCCUGUGGGACAAUCGUCAGGGAACGUCUACGAUGCACAACUGUCAGACUCUCCGAAGCAGCUGACCACUGCGCAAGGUACGUCCCAGCACAGGUUCGGUCACCCCGGGACAUCCGGCGCGAAGCCCAGCUGCCGAUCGGAAAUGUUCGAUGACCCGUCGUACGUCAAUGUGCAGAAUUUGGACAAAUCCAAACCCCCGGCCAUGGGUCACACCAACGGCAACAUUCAGAGAGACAUCUUCGACAUGAAGCCGUUCGAAGAUGCUUUGAGGGCACCACACCCUUCGCCCCCAGCCAGCGCCCCCCCGAGCCACGUCAGUGCCUCCAUGGAGGAGCAGCUCCGCACGGAGAUCUGGUACCACGGAAAGGUGAACCGUAAGGAGGCAGAGAAGCUGCUGCUGGCCAACGGAGACUUCCUGGUCCGAGAGAGCACCACCACACCCGGGCAGUACGUCCUGACCGGCCUCCAGAGUGGGCAACCCAAACACCUCCUGCUCGUCGACCCAGAGGGAGUGGUGAGGACGAAGGACCACCGCUUUGAGAGUGUCAGUCACCUGAUCAGUUAUCACAUGGACAACCAGCUCCCCAUUAUAUCCGCUGGCAGCGAAGUGUGCCUGCAGCAGCCAGUCGAGAGAAAGAUGUAGGCGGUCAUCAGAGGGUGGUAUCGACCUCGCUCCCCUCACCCCUACAAACCCCUAAUGCCCCCCACACACACAACCUCCUCUUCCCCCCACCCCCCCCCCCCCCCCCAGCAACCAAAUCUGGACACCAGACUUUGAGGAACUUAGAUGCGUCUGGUGAAGGUGGAGACUCUCUGCGAAUGGAAACUCUGCCCAUUUGCCCACACGCCUCUCCACCAGUGGAACCCCUUUGGAGUCUGAGGCUGGUUUCCUGUCUGCGCUUUCCCUGAGGAGGCGGGGGGGUGGUGUGGCAUUGUUGGUGUGUGGUGCCGGUUUGUUCUCUCCUGUGCCCUGGCUGAGCGGCUUGGGAUUACCUCCCUCAACGCUGCGGCCCGGCGUGGGUUUGGCGCUCCACCCUUGUUCUGUCCAUCUCCUUUCUCCCUCUCCAUCUGUCUCCUUCCUCUUCUCUCUCUCUCUCACCAUGAAGACCACACAAAACACCUCCUCCUCAGCCCCCUCCCCUCCAGGACUGGGUAGAGCUGGCAUCGCACUGCAAGUGAGCGCAUCUGGCACCAGAAGGAGAGAGCUUAGCCUCUCACUGUCCAUGCCCCACCACCCACCUCGCCCCAUGAACUUGUGAUCCUUCCUGUGGUGGGUGUGGGGAGAAGAGUUUAAUGCUAACCAAGUGAAACGGAAGGGUCAGCUCACAGGAAAUGCCCACCCUUGCCUUGGAGCCGAUGCCCCACCCGGUUGCAAAGCCCCGGGUCUGAAGCCCCAGUUUUGUGGGCUGCUGCUCCUGGACUGGUGUGGUGGGGCGGGGGGCGGGGGAGCGUUCGGAAGGAGCCUUGGGGGAGUCGCUGUAGAUGGCACAGCUGAGCGUUGGUGGCAGAAGCGGGCAUCAAAGACUUUUUGAGGAGCUCACACCGUUCUUCUGAGGGCCCCCGGGAGGUCACUGUCCUGUUGACCAAACGGAGAGGGGUCCCGGGACAAGUCAGAAAGCUGCUGCCAACAGCAGGAGGUGGGGGGUUGCUGCGUCUGAGUGAGGCUGAUAUCAGUUUCAGUUUGUGUGUGUGUGUGUGUGAGAGAGAGAGAUCAGUUCCUGAACUCUCAGAUCCCUCCUUUUCCCCCCAAAAGGGAAGUGGUGAGGCGGGGGGGAGUGGGGGAUAAAUUCAACAGGAGGCGAGGAGAAGUGAGUGAUUUCCCAAUCUGAGAAAUCUUCCGAAGGUCUCUUCUCUUGAGCACACGAGGAAAAGCACAAAGGGUUUGGUUUCUUGGGGUUGUUCACAGCGAUGGCAAUGUGCCUUGAUCUGGCCAGGUGGCUUGGCUGUUACUUUCUCUCUUUGCAAGUUUGAUCAUUUGUCUAAGCGACUUGUAAAUGGUGUAUUUUAGUUUCCUAAUUACUCCAAACUCUCCUUUUUGUUCCCUGCAUCCACAUGUACAUUACCAUGUAUUCCAAACCCCGGUCUGUACUCCUGACUCUAUUCCCCACAGCUGACACGGACCCCUACCCAGAGAAUUUAAUGGACAUGAACAGGUUUUGUUUCAUUUUCUCCAGGAUUCGCAUAUUUUUUUUUGCAAUCUGGAGCGAAUCGCGAGAGAGAGGUUAGGUAAACAUGACGCUCCCAUUGGCAGCUUCGGGAGGUGUUCUGGCUUUCAGGCGUAGGGAUUGUUUUGAAGGGGAAGCGGCGUGCCGAGGGAGCUGGUACGUCAAAGCGUGGUUAGUGCGCAGACACAGAAAGUGGGUCCUUGUGCUCACGGGACGUGGGUUUCGCCGCCCGCCACUGCUCGUCCCAGUUCCGCCCUGAGAAACCUGGCCGGUGAGCAGAUAACGUCUCGUCUCCACGCUUGGCAACAAUCUUUCUACCUCUGACUGAAUGAUAAAGAAAAAACUCAAAAGAAAAAUCUGCCUCUGUCACAAGAGGCCACCAAAGACUUUCGGACGACUUUGGACCCUGAAGGGACGGCCGAGAUAUUUCCAAGUCAGGAUAGCAUUAGGCUGUUUGGCCCAUCGAGUCCGCACCAGCCCCUCCAACAGUGUCCCACCCAGACCCCACCUCUUAUGCUGUCCCUGUAACCCUGCACUUCCCACAGCCAGUCCACCCAAACCUGCACAUCCCUGGGAAAUACAGGACAAUUUAGCUUGGCCAAUCCACCCCUAACCAGCACAUCUUUGGACCGUGGGAGGAAACUGGAGCACCCGGAUGAAACCCACGCAGACACAGGGAGAAUGUGCAAACUCCACACAGACAGUCGCCCGAGGGUGGAAUCGAACGCAGGUCCCUGGGGGUGCUGUGAGGCAGCAGCACACUGCAUGCACAUGUGUGAGAGUGAGUGUGUGCAUGAGAGAGAGAGAGGGGGAGUGUGAGAGAGACAGCGGGGGGAG